AUGGCUGACAAGGUUUAUAUCUCCGAAACCCCUGAAGAUGUCAAAAAUGCGAAGGGCCUCCACCUGAUCACGCAGAAUACUCCGAACGGACAAGCCGUACAAAUUCUCCUAGAGGAACUUGCCGAGACAUAUGGCACAUCAUGGACAACUACACUAAUUGAUAUCUCGACCAAUGAGCAAAAGAAGGAAUGGUUCCUGAGAUUGAAUCCCAACGGGCGCAUUCCGGUGUUGGUUGACAACAACCAGAGCCCCCCUUUCACUGUUCAUGAGACGUCGGCUGAAUUAUGGUACUUAUUGCAAUCCGCAGAUAAGGACAAUAAGUUCGGCUUCGCAGAUGGCCUUGAGAGUAAUGAAGCGCUGCAAUGGACUUUCUUCUGGCACGGAUCUGGAGCCCCUUAUCAAGGCCAAGUAAACCACUUCACCCGGGUUGCACCCGAGAAAAUUGAAUAUGCCAUCAACCGCUUCAGGAACGAGACAUUGAGAGUUUAUGAGGUCCUUGAGAUCAGACUCUCCGGAAAGUACACCGGUGAGCCGAGGGAAUAUCUGGCUGGCAAAGGAAAGGGGAAAUAUUCCGUGGCAGACAUUAAGACAUGGCCUUGGGUUAAAGGAUGGGAAAGGAGUGGUUUCACCAAGCAGGAGACUGAGAAGUUCCCGCAUCUAUUACAGUGGAUUGACCGCAUUGCCCAGCGCUCCGCCGUCCAGAAGGGAAUCGGAGCCAAGUACAUCAAAUCUUAA